ACCCAAUACCUUGUAUUCCUCUCCAAAUUCCUCAGUAUUCUCUUUCCCAGCGUGUCAGUCGAACCAAAUUCGAAAUUCCAAACCAUACUAUCUUCCUGCAAUAGAACGAAUCCCAAUAACAACACAUACAACUAUUUUAAUUCCUGUAAUCCGUACCGUCAAUAUCCCCUCCAUUUCUGCGACCUCAAUUCCACCGGUACAGAACAACGCUGAAUCUAAUUCCGAUAAUUAA